AUGAUUCCCCUCAUUUCUUCUCACUCAUCGAUCCGACCGGGUCUCCGUGCCGACACAGCCUUGCGCUCUUUGCCUCUCCAUCCCAUCGAUCGACCACUCUCCUGCGCACUGGCAAUGUCUUCUAACCCCAGCGACCUCAAGACAGAGAAAGGGCACGGCCAGCCAGCGCCAGCGGAGGUCGUCGUCCGGCGCUCGUUCUUCGGCCUCAAGAGUUCCUUCUUCGCGAAAAGCAAGAACAGCGUCGUCCAGGGCGGGACGUUCAUCGUCGACAAUCGCACCUUUUUCACGAUGCCGCUGCGCAAGCCCAAGAUCGAUAAGAAGUUCAAUAUCGAGCAAGUCGAACAAUCCCGCGUCGAGCUGUUGAGGGAGAUCAUCGUUCGAAAGCGGACGCGCUUGCAUUGGGCUAAUUUCGAUGGCCGUGCCGUGGUGGUACGGGUAUUUGAAGGGCCGCGUGCAGUCAAGCGCCGAGACCGUGAUAUAGAGCUCAAUGCAGAUCUCUUCCAUCCCAACCAUCUACGUAUCAUCGCAGCCUCGUCAAAGAAGACCACAAAACCAUUUGUCAUUUAUCAAGGAGAUCUCAGAACAAAUGCUGCCCACAAAGUUACCCAUUUCCUACGCGGGGAACUAGGAAAGACACUUGUUGCCUCCUGGACCAUGGCCUUGGAUAUUGUAGCCGCUGUUCAGUAUCUACACAGCAAACCCUCCAUUUUUGCUCAGCUGUGCCCAGCAAAUAUUGAUGUUCUUUUGGAUGUAUUUGGAAAUGUUCGGCUGUCUUUAACAGCUGGAGCAACGGAGCGCCAUCACUUUUGGCAUAAGCGAAAAGUUGCCACAAUCAAACGCAAAGCAGAGGUGAUUGUAUAUGAUUCAUUGAUAUAUCGUGUUUUCCAACAGGCACACAGUCAAAUUUAUGGGGAUUGUAUGGCAAAGGACCCUGCCGGUUUUCUACCAAGUCAACGACUUCCUCGUUAUGGCCUCCGUAGGACAAUUGAAUGGGAGGCAAGCCCACCGCUGUGGACACUCCAAGACAUUAUGAAUGGUCUACAUGCACAAAUAGAACCGCUGAAAGGAGUUGAAGAGAAGGAUAUGCCAGUGUAUAAGUUUACCCACAAUGCUUGGUAUAAUGUGGGCUCCCAGGUCCAUCGAUGCCCAGCAUAUCAUCGGGAAGAGAUUUACCUUGCUGCUGACUUUGCACAUACAAACAUGAUCACGGAGGAUUUUCCGGCCCUGAAUGAACGCUGUGUUGUAUGCCAUCAAGUGGUUAAAGCACCUGGACAAUCACUCUGUCAGAGGACACCCUUUGAUGGACAUCUGUCUGUUUAUACUAUAGAUGACUACUUUGUGCAUCAUGAGGAUGGAUGGUCAGAUGAUCUGGCACACCAGCAUCCAUUUGGUAAAAUACUGCCUGAAAGUGAAGAAGAGGAGGCAUGGGAAAAUUUUGUCUAUAUUGUGAAAAAAUCUCGGGGUCUUGCUACUGAGGAGGAUCAUGCUGCAUGGAAAGCGGCACUCUCAGAUGCAGAAAAAGAUUUUCCCAGAGUCCGUUGGCAUGCAUGA